UCUGUGGUGGAACGUUGCGGACAUAACCAGGAAGUGCAGCGUAUUAUGGCGUCAACAAAGGAAAGCGAAGCUGUGUUUGCCCUUCUACCACUGAGCAUUUACGAGUUACAAAAUAAUUCACCUUUGCUGUGUUGUUCUCAUUUACAAAGACUAGGCUACUAGCAGCUCAAAACAGUAGCUAGCUAGUUGACUGCAACAAAUUCAAAUGAAGAAGCACUCUAGUCAACAAGAUGAAGAGCAAACCUGGGAAAAAGCAACACAACAAAACCAAGAGGACUAAACACCAUCGAGACCCCAUCAAAACAGAGUGUGGAACACAGUCAGAUGAUGUUGACUGCAAUAGAGAAGAACUAGACGUUAGCCAAGCACCCUACAUCACUAAAGGGGUUUGUAUCAGCUCCAUCCAAAUCAAAGAGGAACCAGCAGACUUUGAACAGCAGGGAAUUGGCGAGGAACAUAGCCAUUCUGAUCCUUCCUUCCAGAAGAAGCACAUAAAACAUCAAAAUACAUCCAAUCCUAUGACCCGGUGUAGCCAGAUAUCAAGGAGUCCAGUGGUGAUGCUAACAAGAUUGUCUAAUGUGGUGGUUAAGACUCUUCUGCGAGACACUAAAGUGUGUUUGGUGAAGGAAGAAAACCCAGACGAGACAGAUGGAGUCUCUUCUUCUCAGUUCUUUCCUUGUCCACACUGCACCAUCUCCUUCACUGACUGUUACUUCCUGGAGAACCACAUCAAGACCAAACACCAGAAGCAGUACCUAGCUUUGUUCAAAAGCCACGUCUCAACGAGUAAAACCGUGUACACCCCCACACACAGCUGUCCCCACUGUAGCUGCAUGUUCCAUACCCCACGGCAGCUACACAUCCACAUCCGUCAGGCCCACACCCCUGCCCCUCUAAGGAAACUCCACCCCUGCCCGUAUUGUGCCCGCAGCUUCCAGUACAUAGCCAGACUGCAUACUCACUGCAAGGUUUGGCACAAAAUGUCUGUUGCUUUCACCGAUGGAUACCUCAGUUGCGCUGACUGUGGAAAGAGCUUCAAGAAUUCCUGGGGACUGGGGCCUCACCAGUGUCACAAGCCUGAGGACACUAAGCCUGAGGAUGGCCCUGUCUGUCUGAACAUCGGCAUGCCAUGCUCAGAGUGUGGCAAAAGCUGCUCUAGUCCUCAGAAUCUGCGCAUUCACAUGCGCACACACACCGGCGAGAAGCCUUACGUCUGCAAGGAGUGUGGCAAGAGCUUCUCAGAAGCCAGCAGUCAUUGCAAACACAUGAUGAUACACUCGGGGGUCAAGCCAUUCAAAUGCCAGGACUGCGGAAAGGAUUUUGCCCGGAUGUGGCACCUCCGAGUUCACAUGACCGUUCACUCUGGCGAGAAGCCUUUAUCCUGCCCAAAAUGUGACAGGCGGUUUGCAUACAGGGAUUCUCUGAAGCUUCACCUGCGCACGCACUCAGGGGAGAGACCUUUCAAAUGUACUGUGUGUGGUAAAGACUUUGCUGACAAAGGUUAUCUUAAAACUCAUCUCAAGAUCCACAACAAUGAAAGGAACUACCAUUGUGGGGUUUGUGGGCUGAAGUUCAUAAACAUUGCUGCGUUGAAAACCCAUCAGCGCACACACACCGGGGAGAGGCCUUUCCAUUGCACAGUGUGUGACAAGACAUUUUUCCGACACGCACACCUGAAGAACCACCAGCGCACUCACACAGGUGAGAGACCAUACACCUGUACUGAGUGCAGCAAAAGCUUCACUCAAUCUGGAGAUCUCACAAAACACAUACGCACCCACACUGGAGAGAAGCCGUAUGAAUGUUCUGUCUGCCACGGAUGCUAUACCUCUUCAGGGGAUCUGGGCAAACACAUGAGGAUCCACAAUAACUUACGACCAUAUCACUGCCAGGAGUGUGAAAAAAGCUUCCGCAUGGCCGGCCACCUUAAAACUCACAUGAGGACCCACACUGGGGAGAGACCAUACUCCUGCCCCCGCUGCC